UCCACAUUCUCUCUUGUUUCUUUAUCUUCUUACUCCAUAUUCAAGACUAAUGAAGAAGGCUGGUUGUGCUGUGUUGUACUUGGUGGCAGUGGUGGUACUGCUAGGAAACAUGCAUAUGACCGAGGCAGUUACUUGCAAUGCAGCGGAGCUAACACCAUGCCUGGAUGCGUUCACUUCGCCACGGCCACCUUCCGCCGUCUGUUGCAGUAAACUCAAUGAACAGAAGCCUUGCCUCUGUGGGUAUAUCAAAGAUCCAAGAUUCGCGAAGUAUGUGAAAUCCCCUAAAGCCAAAAAGGUUGCUAGCAGCUGCGGUGUGCCCAUUCCCAAAUGCUGAAAUUAAUUUAAAGAUUUUGCAAGUUACAUAAAAUAAGAUUAGUUUUGUGUUCAUGGCCAAAACUAAUGUAA